GCAAGCAUUUAUGCUACCAGUAAUUAAGAACUUUAAAGAAGAAAUGGAAAAAAUAGCAGAAAGUGAGCUUGGCGAAACAGAGCUUAUAAGAAAGGAAUCACUUGAAAAGCUCAAACAGCUCCUAAAAGAGGUUCCUGAUUUGAAUCCAUUAUUGGAAGAUGACUUCUUGAUCAAAUUUCUUCGAGUGCGGAAAUUUAAUGUGCAAAGAGCACUGAACACGCUAAUAAAGUAUUAUGCAACCAAAAAGAUGUAUUCCAAGUUAUACUCAGACCUCUUGCCUUCGGAAAUGAAGACGACUUUGGAAAAGAAGGCUUUGUAUGUUUUGCCAAAGAAACCUACCUUUGGACCUUCAGUUUACUGGGGAAGAUUUGGUAAACAUUUAGAAAUUAAUUAUUUUAAAUGUCUCAAUAUGCAUACAUUCUCUCUUACUCAUUUUUAA